AUGUGGCCCCGCAUUCCAUCCUUGGGUGCCCGUCACGCCCCGCGUAACAUCACCCCCCGGAAUACCCCUGCCACCCGGCGACCCCGCAUCCCUUACUUGGGUACCCGCCAAGCUUUCCUGCCCGACUACCUUACCCCCCGGGAUGCCCCCGUCACCUAUCCAUCUCGGACUAACCUGACCAGAAUACCAGGCCAUCAGAAUUACUGCCUAGCCACAAACCAGAAUAAUACAACACAAUCCGUCAGUCCGACCUUCACACCAGUCCGUCAGUCCGACCUUAAGGCCAGUCAGUCAGUCCGACCUUCACACCAGUCCGUAAGUCCGACCUUAACACCAGUCCGUCAGUCCGACCUUCACACCAGUCAGUCAGUCCGACCUUCACACCAGUCCAUCAGUCCGACCUUAAGGCCAGUCAGUCAGUCCGACCUUCAGGCCAGUCAGUCAGUCCGACCUUCACACCAGUCCGUCAGUCCGACCUUAAGGCCAGUCAGUCAGUCCGACCUUCACACCAGCCCGUCAGUCCGACCUUCACACCAGUCCAUCAGUCCGACCCUCACACCAGUCCAUCAGUCCGACCUUAAGACCAGUCAGUCAGUCCGACCUUCACACCAGUCCGUCAGUCCGACCUUAAGGCCAGUCAGUCAGUCCGACCUUCACACCAGCACAUCAGUCCGACCUUCACACCAGCCCGUCAGUCCGACCUUAAGACCAGUCAGUCAGUCCGACCUUCACACCAGCCCGUCAGUCCGACCUUCACACCAGUCCGUCAGUCCGAGGCGACAAAUAAUCGGGAAGACCUGUUCGAUGUGUCGGUAA